AUGCGCCCCGAAGUUGAGCAAGAGCUCGCCCAUACGCUCCUCGUUGAGCUGUUGGCAUAUCAGUUCGCCUCGCCCGUCAGAUGGAUUGAGACGCAAGACGUGAUCCUGGCCGAGAAGACGACUGAGCGCAUUGUCGAAAUCGGUCCUGCGGACACCCUAGGGGUGAUGGCAAAGCGGACCAUUGCCGCCAAGUAUGAAGCAUACGAUGCAGCAAAAUCCGUCCAAAGACAAAUUCUCUGCUACAACAAGGAUGCAAAGGAAAUAUACUACGACGUCGACCCUGUGGAGGACGAGCCCGAGCCAGUGGCACCCAGCUCUGCCCCAGCAGCAUCUGCGCCGCCUUCGAGCGGUGCCCCGGCAGCAGCUGCCCCUCCUCCACCAAGUGCCGGGCCCGCUGCACAAGUUCCAGACGCACCAGUUGGAGCUGUAGACAUUGUGCGAGCAUUGAUCGCUCAGAAGCUCAAGAAACCACUUUUGGAAGUUCCUCUGAACAAGGCAAUCAAGGAUCUUGUUGGUGGCAAAUCUACCCUCCAAAACGAGAUUCUGGGCGACUUGGGCAAAGAAUUCGGUUCUACACCCGAAAAACCAGAAGAUGUUCCUCUCGAUGAGUUGGGAGGCUCCAUGCAGGCCACAUUCAACGGUCAGCUCGGAAAGCAAUCCUCCUCUCUUGUUGCACGGCUGAUCUCCUCGAAAAUGCCCGGUGGCUUCAAUAUCACAUCAGCAAGGAAAUAUCUCGAAACAAGAUGGGGACUUGGGCAAGGACGACAAGACGGAGUUCUACUGCUUGCUUUGACCAUGGAGCCUCCAGCCCGUCUAGGCUCUGAGAACGAUGCCAAGGCCUUCCUCGACGAUGUUUCGCAGAAGUACGCCGGAAAUGUAGGCAUCAGUCUCUCUGCGCCUGUCGCUGGAGGAGAUGCUGGCGGUGGCGGCGGCGGAAUGAUGAUGGAUCCAGCUGCAAUCGAUGCUUUGACCAAGGACCAGAGAGCUCUUUUCAAGCAACAACUAGAACUUUUCGCCAGAUAUCUCAAGAUGGACCUUCGAGCUGGGGAGAAGGCCUUUAUUGGCUCUCAACAAUCACAAUCAGCUCUCCAGGCGCAAUUAGAUCUAUGGAAUGUCGAACAUGGGGAUUUCUACGCUGCUGGUAUUGAACCUAGUUUCACACCUCUCAAGGCCCGAGUGUAUGAUUCGUCUUGGAACUGGGCUCGUCAAGAUGCACUCACUAUGUUCUACGAUGUCAUCUUUGGCCGUUUGAAGGCUGUGGACCGUGAGAUUGUUAGUCGAUGCAUUCGCAUCAUGAACCGCUCAAACCCCACGCUUCUCGAGUUCAUGCAAUACCACAUCGACAACUGCCCUACCGAGCGUGGCGAGACCUAUCAAUUGGCCAAGGAGCUUGGUCAGCAGCUCAUCGAGAACUGCAGGGAGGUCUUGGACACCGCUCCGUGUUACAAAGAUGUUGGGAUACCAACCGGUCCUCACACAACCAUCGAUGCCCGUGGAAACCUAGCGUAUGCGGAAGUUCCUCGUACAAGUGCCCGAAAACUCGAACACUACGUUCGCGAGAUGGCCGAUGGUGGGAAGAUAUCCGAGUACGGCAAUAGAACCAAGGUCCAGAAUGAUCUCAGCCGCAUUUACAAGCUCAUCAAGCAGCAACACAAGCUUUCCAAGUCGUCUCAGCUCCAGAUCAAGGCGCUUUAUGGUGAUGUCAUUCGAUCGCUCGCCAUGAGCGAAGGUCAGAUCAUUCCAAAGGAGAACGGAAAUGGCAAGGCCAACGGCGUCAAAAAGGUCCGCAAUCCUCGUACCAAGGACGGAAAGGUCGAGACGAUCCCUUUCUUGCACUUGAAGAGAAAGGACGAGCAUGGAUGGGAGUACAGCAAGAAGCUUACCGGUCUCUACAUCGAUGGCUUGGAGACAGCCGCCAAGAACGGUGUCACUUUCCAGGGCAAGAACGUCUUGAUGACUGGUGCCGGUGCCGGUUCUAUUGGUGCCGAUGUUCUUCAAGGUCUAAUCAGUGGUGGAGCCAAGGUUGUCGUCACGACUAGUCGAUUUUCUCGCGAAGUCACUGAGUACUACCAAUCCAUGUAUUCUCGCUUCGGUUCCCGAGGCUCUCAACUCAUCGUUGUGCCCUUCAACCAGGGUAGCAAGCAAGACGUAGAGGCUUUGAUUGACUACAUAUAUGACACCAAGAAGGGCCUCGGAUGGGAUCUUGAUUUCAUUGUCCCAUUCGCUGCUAUCCCAGAGAACGGUCGCGAGAUCGACAGCAUUGAUUCCAAGUCUGAGCUUGCUCACCGUAUCAUGUUGACUAACCUUAUCCGCAUGCUCGGGUGUGUGAAGUCGCAAAAAGCAGAGCGUGGCUUCGAGACCAGACCUGCCCAGGUCGUCCUUCCGCUGUCUCCAAACCACGGAACCUUCGGAAACGAUGGUCUGUACUCCGAGUCCAAGUUGGGAUUGGAGACCCUCUUUAACAGAUGGCACUCGGAGAACUGGGGCAACUUCCUCAGCAUUUGCGGUGCGGUGAUCGGAUGGACUCGCGGUACCGGACUCAUGUCUGGAAACAACAUUGUUGCCGAAGGAGUCGAAGCUUAUGGUGUCCGCACUUUCUCUCAACAGGAGAUGGCUUUUAACCUUCUCGGUCUCAUGUCGCCAGCUGUCGUCGAUCUUUGCCAAUCGGAGCCUGUCUUCGCCGAUCUGAACGGUGGACUUCAAUUCAUUCCAGACCUCAAGAACCUGAUGACCAAGCUUCGACAGGACAUCAUGGAGACCAGCGAGGUCAGACAGGCUGUCACCAAGGAAACUGCAAUUGAGAACAAAAUUGUCAACGGAGACGACAGUGAGGCCCUCUACAAGAAGGUCACCAUUGAACCUCGUGCCAACAUCAAGUUUGAAUUUCCCAGUCUUCCAGACUGGGAGAGAGAUAUCGAGCCACUCAACGAGAACCUCAAGGGUAUGGUUGAUUUGGAGAAGGUUGUCGUUGUCACCGGUUUCGCUGAAGUCGGACCCUGGGGUAACUCGCGUACUCGAUGGGAGAUGGAGGCACAUGGGAAGUUCUCUCUCGAGGGCUGUGUCGAAAUGGCUUGGAUCAUGGGUCUUAUCAAGAACCACAACGGACCGAUCAAGGGCAAGCAAUACGCCGGCUGGGUCGACGCAAAGACCGGAGAGCCAGUUGAUGACAAGGAUAUCAAAGCUAAAUACGAGAAGCACAUUCUUGCACACUCUGGUAUCCGUCUGAUCGAGCCUGAGCUCUUCAAGGGAUACGACCCAAACAAAAAGCAACUCCUUCAAGAGGUUGUUAUCCAAGAAGACCUCGAGCCAUUCGAGACUUCCAAGGAGACUGCCGAGGAGUUUCAGCGUGAGCAUGGCGACAAGGCCGAAAUAUUCGAGAUUCCCGAGUCGGGAGAGUACAUUGUGCGCAUGAGAAAGGGAGCUACCCUUCUCAUCCCCAAGGCUCUCCAAUUCGAUCGUCUGGUUGCGGGACAGAUUCCAACGGGGUGGAACGCCAAGAACUACGGUAUCCCCGACGACAUAAUCUCACAAGUUGAUCCUGUCACUCUUUUCGUUCUCGUCUGCACUGUCGAGUCUCUUUUGGCGUCUGGGAUCACUGAUCCAUAUGAGUUCUACAAGUACGUCCACAUCUCCGAGGUCGGUAAUUGUAUUGGUUCCGGUAUUGGUGGUACCCACGCUCUGAGGGGCAUGUACAAGGAUCGUUUCUUGGACAAGCCACUCCAGAAGGAUAUUCUCCAGGAGUCCUUCAUCAACACGAUGAGCGCUUGGGUCAACAUGUUGUUGCUGUCGUCCACUGGACCUAUCAAGACCCCUGUCGGUGCCUGUGCCACAGCCGUCGAGUCUGUGGAUAUCGGUUACGAGACCAUUGUCGAGGGCAAGGCUCGCGUCUGCUUCGUCGGCGGCUUCGAUGACUUCCAAGAAGAAGGAUCCUACGAGUUCGCCAACAUGAAGGCCACUAGCAACGCCGUCGAUGAGCUUGCUCACGGCCGUACGCCCGCUGAGAUGUCUCGCCCAACGACAACCACCAGAAACGGCUUCAUGGAAUCUCAAGGUUGCGGCAUGCAAGUCAUCAUGACCGCCAAGCUUGCUCUCGAUAUGGGUGUUCCCAUCUAUGGUAUUCUUGGUCUUACCACCACUGCCACUGAUAAGAUUGGCCGAUCAGUUCCUGCACCCGGUCAAGGUGUUCUUACGACAGCUCGUGAGAACCCAAGCAAGUUCCCAUCUCCUCUUCUCGACAUCAAGUACCGUCGCCGACAGAUCGAGCUCCGUAAGAAGAACAUCAAGCAGUGGCAAGAGUCUGAGUUGGAGUACCUUCACGAAGAGAUUGAUGCUAUGAAGGCCCAGGGCCAAGUAUUCAACGAGUCUGAGUAUGCGCAAGAUCGUGCCCUUCACAUUGAGCGCGAAGCCGCCCGUCAAGAGCGUGAGGUCCUCAACAGCCUCGGAAACACUUUCUGGAAGAAGGAUCCAUCCAUUGCUCCACUUCGUGGUGCUCUCGCUACCUGGGGUCUUACGAUUGAUGACCUUGACGUUGCUUCUUUCCAUGGUACAUCGACUGUGGCAAACGACAAGAACGAGUCUUCUGUUAUCUGUCAACAAUUGAAGCAUCUCGGCCGAAAGAAGGGUAACGCUGUCCUCGGUAUCUUCCAAAAGUAUUUGACCGGGCACCCCAAGGGUGCUGCUGGUGCCUGGAUGAUGAACGGAUGCUUGCAAGUUCUCAACACUGGCUUGGUUCCUGGCAAUAGAAACGCCGAUAAUGUCGAUCAAGUCAUGGAGAAGUUUGACUACAUCGUCUACCCCAACCGAAGCAUUCAAACGGACGGUGUCAAGGCAUUCUCGGUGACAUCAUUCGGCUUCGGUCAGAAGGGUGCUCAGGCCAUUGGUAUUCACCCAAAAUACCUCUUCGCUACUCUGGAUGAGGAUACCUACGCUGCAUACUGCACCAAAGUUGAGGCCAGACAGAAGAAAACCUACCGAUACUUCCACAACGGAAUGAUCUCCAACACCAUCUUUGUCGCCAAGACACACUCGCCAUACACCGACGACCAACAAGGAGAUGUCUUCCUGAAUCCCGACGCACGUGUCUCGAUGGACAAGAAGACAUCUACAUUGACCUACGCACCUAACUUCGCUAAGCAACCAGCCAACAAGGCCAAGACGGAAGCUACCAAGCAAAUGGUAGAGUCUCUGGCCAAGGGUGCGGCGACUGCCAGCAACAAGGUUGGUGUCGAUGUCGAGGACAUCUCAGCCAUCAACAUCGAGAACGAUACUUUCCUCGAGCGCAACUUCACAGAUGCCGAGCGCGCCUACUGCUUGAAGGCUCCAAGCCCGCAAGCUUCGUUUGCCGGUAAGUGGAGUGCCAAGGAGGCAGUGUUCAAGUCGCUUGGUGUGGCGAGCAAGGGAGCGGGUGCGCCGUUGAAGGAGAUUGAGAUUAUCAAUAAUGAAGAGGGUGCGCCGAUUGUCACUCUUCACGGUGCAGCAGCAGCUUCAGCAAAGAAUGCUGGUGUGAAGGAAAUCAGCAUCUCGAUCUCACAUUCCGAUAGUCAGGCUAUCGCCGUUGCUGUUGCGUCCUUCUAG